CGGCGCCCCGGCUUGGUUCCCCCUUCGGCCGUAGCGUGCAGCCCCGCCGCCUCCGGGCCGGCAAGGAGGGCACUGAUCUUCGAUCGCGAAGAUGGCUGCUGGCUGCCUGCUGGCCUUGACUCUGAUACUUUUCCAAUCUUGGCUGAUCGGCCCCUCAAGCGAAGAGCCCUUCCCUCCGGCCGUCACUAUCAAAUCAUGGGUGGAUAAGAUGCAAGAAGACCUGGUGACACUUGCAAAAACAGCCAGUGGCGUGACUCAGCUUGCUGAUAUUUAUGAAAAAUACCAAGAUCUGUAUACUGUGGAGCCAAAUAAUGCACGCCAGCUGGUGGAAAUUGCAGCCCGAGACAUUGAGAAACUUCUGAGCAACAGAUCCAAAGCUCUGGUGCGCCUGGCUAUGGAAGCAGAGAAAGUCCAAGCAGCCCACCAGUGGAGGGAAGAUUUUGCAAGCAAUGAAGUUGUUUACUACAAUGCAAAGGAUGAUCUUGAUCCUGAAAGAAAUGAAAGUGAGCCAGGCAGCCAACGGAUUAAACCUGUGUUUAUUGAAGAUGCUAAUUUUGGACGCCAGAUAUCCUAUCAGCAUGCAGCGGUCCAUAUUCCCACGGACAUCUAUGAGGGAUCAACUAUAGUGUUAAACGAACUCAACUGGACAAGUGCCUUAGAUGAAGUUUUCAAAAAAAAUCGAGAUGAAGACCCUACAUUGCUGUGGCAAGUGUUUGGCAGUGCCACUGGCCUGGCCCGGUAUUAUCCAGCUUCUCCAUGGGUGGAUAAUAGUAGAACUCCAAACAAAAUUGAUCUGUAUGAUGUACGCAGAAGACCAUGGUACAUCCAGGGAGCUGCAUCCCCCAAGGACAUGCUCAUCCUGGUGGAUGUGAGUGGAAGCGUGAGCGGAUUGACUCUGAAACUCAUACGGACAUCUGUUUCUGAAAUGCUAGAGACCCUCUCGGAUGAUGAUUUCGUGAAUGUAGCUUCAUUUAACAGCAAUGCUCAGGAUGUCAGUUGUUUCCAGCACCUGGUUCAAGCAAAUGUAAGAAAUAAGAAGGUGUUGAAAGAUGCAGUGAAUAACAUCACAGCAAAGGGGAUAACAGAUUACAAGAAAGGCUUUAGCUUUGCCUUUGAACAGCUACUCAAUUAUAAUGUUUCCAGAGCCAAUUGCAAUAAGAUCAUCAUGUUAUUCACGGAUGGAGGAGAAGAAAGAGCACAGGAGAUAUUUGCCAAAUACAACAAAGACAAAAAAGUCCGUGUGUUUACAUUUUCUGUUGGUCAGCAUAACUAUGACAGAGGACCUAUUCAGUGGAUGGCUUGUGAAAAUAAAGGUUAUUAUUAUGAAAUUCCUUCUAUUGGUGCAAUAAGAAUCAAUACUCAGGAAUAUCUAGAUGUUCUGGGAAGACCAAUGGUUUUAGCCGGUGACAAAGCGAAGCAAGUCCAAUGGACAAAUGUGUAUCUGGAUGCACUGGAGCUGGGACUUGUCAUUACUGGAACUUUACCGGUCUUCAACGUCACUGGCCAAUCUGAGAACAAGACAAACUUGAAGAACCAGUUGAUUCUUGGUGUGAUGGGCGUUGAUGUGUCUCUGGAAGAUAUUAAGAGAUUGACACCACGUUUUACACUGUGCCCCAAUGGCUACUAUUUUGCAAUCGAUCCUAAUGGUUAUGUCUUAUUGCAUCCAAAUCUUCAGCCAAAGCCUAUUGGUGUAGGUAUACCGACAAUUAAUUUAAGAAAAAGGAGACCCAACGUUCAGAACCCAAAAUCUCAGGAGCCAGUCACACUGGAUUUCCUUGACGCAGAGUUGGAGAACGAUAUUAAAGUAGAGAUUCGAAAUAAAAUGAUAGAUGGAGAAAGUGGAGAAAAAACAUUCAGAACUCUGGUCAAAUCUCAAGAUGAGCGAUACAUUGACAAAGGAAAUCGAACGUACACAUGGACACCUGUCAAUGGCACAGACUACAGUUUGGCCUUGGUAUUGCCAACCUACAGUUUUUACUAUAUAAAAGCCAAAAUAGAAGAGACAAUAACUCAGGCCAGAUAUUCAGAAACCCUGAAGCCAGACAAUUUUGAAGAAUCUGGCUAUACCUUCAUAGCACCAAGGGAAUACUGCAAUGACCUUAAAAUUUCAGAUAAUAACACUGAAUUUCUUUUAAAUUUCAAUGAAUUUAUUGAUAGAAAAACUCCAAAUAACCCUUCCUGUAAUACAGAUUUGAUUAAUAGAAUCUUGCUGGAUGCAGGUUUUACAAAUGAACUUGUCCAAAAUUACUGGAGUAAGCAGAAAAAUAUCAAAGGAGUGAAAGCACGUUUUGUGGUAACUGAUGGAGGGAUUACAAGAGUUUAUCCCAAAGAGGCUGGAGAAAAUUGGCAAGAAAACCCAGAGACAUAUGAGGACAGCUUCUACAAGCGGAGCCUAGAUAACGAUAACUACAUUUUCACUGCGCCCUACUUUAACAAAAGUGGACCUGGUGCAUAUGAGUCUGGCAUUAUGGUGAGCAAAGCUGUAGAGCUGUAUAUCCAAGGAAAGCUUCUUAAGCCUGCAGUUGUUGGAAUUAAAAUUGAUGUAAAUUCCUGGAUAGAAAAUUUUACCAAAACUUCAAUCAGGGAUCCGUGUGCUGGUCCAGUUUGUGACUGCAGAAGAAACAGUGAUGUAAUGGAUUGUGUGAUUCUAGAUGAUGGUGGAUUUCUCUUGAUGGCAAAUCAUGAUGAUUAUACUAAUCAGAUUGGACGUUUCUUUGGAGAGAUUGAUCCUAGCUUGAUGAGGCACCUGGUUAAUAUAACACUUUAUGCAUUCAAUAAGUCGUAUGAUUAUCAGUCAGUUUGUGAUCCAGGAGCCGCACCGAAGCAGGGGGCAGGACAUCGCUCAGCAUAUGUGCCGUCAAUUGCAGACAUACUACAGAUUGGCUGGUGGGCCACAGCUGCUGCUUGGUCUAUUCUCCAGCAGCUGCUCUUGAGCUUGACAUUCCCACGGCUCCUUGAGGCAGUUGAGAUGGAGGAGGAGGACUUCACAGCCUCCCUGUCAAAGCAGAGCUGCAUCACGGAACAAACCCAGUACUUCUUCGAGAAUGACAGUAAAUCAUUCAGUGGUGUACUGGACUGCGGAAACUGUUCCAGAAUCUUUCAUAUAGAAAAACUUAUGAACACCAACUUAGUGUUCAUAAUAGUGGAAAGCAAAGGAACCUGUCCCUGUGACACGCGGCUGCUCAUGCAAGCAGAACAGACUUCUGAUGGUCCGGAUCCUUGCGACAUGGUUAAGCAACCCAGAUACCGAAAGGGGCCUGAUGUCUGCUUUGAUAACAAUGUCCGGGAGGACUACAGUGACUGUGGUGGUGUUUCGGGGUUGAACCCUUCCUUAUGGUCGAUCACUGGACUCCAGCUUCUACUCCUUUGGCUGGUAUCUGGCAGCAGACACUACCUAUUGUGACCUUCUAAAGCCCAGAUCUGCAACGAAAUUCCAGACCCUGCCAAAACAUGAGCCCUCAGUUACAUUAAAAUAAGGGUCCCUUGAAGACACUACACAGAACAUUAGUUGGCCCUCUACCAUGGCGUAGCUCUAAGGCUCAGAAUCUUGAACAUCCACUGGCUGCAUGUCAGGGUGUUGGAAACUGAAACUUGUGUGAAUGCUGCAUCAUCAAUGUCUAACAUCAAAGCAAAACUCUUUGUUCUCUGUGGGAAGGUUAGGAGUUCACUGUUGCACGGUCAGAGGUUACACGUAAAAGGCUCCCCCAGGCAGGUGUUAUGAAAAGAAGCAGUCUUGACUUUGACCCUGGAUUUCAGCCUGUUGCAGAAGAAGUAAAAGAAGAAAAGGAAACCCUAGUGGGGGGGCAGGUUAUUUUGCCCUCACUUAAUUUCUGUUAAAAGGUAAUUCCUGCUUUGAGUGGCUGUUGAAUAGAGAGAGAGGGAGAGAGAAAAUACAUUGGUCUAAACUGUUGAAAUACAAACUAAUGGCUAAUUUUCUACCAAAAAAAAAUUUGCCAUGAAUAAAAUGCCUUACAAAAGAAUGACUUCUCUGCCAAAAAACAAAACACAACUGACCAGUUGAAUUUUGGUAAGGUACAAAGUGCUGGUUUGAAAAUAAGGAAGGAAGGAAUAAGCUAAAGGUGCUUGCAGGUGAAAUUGGAACUCAUGCCACAUUUCCUCAUAUAUGUAAGCCCUUAAAUGCGUGAAGUAAUGUCCCUUUUUUCACAGUACAGUCAUGUAGUGCUAGCCAGAUAUUUAACACGCUCUAAGAGAAGCUUGUUGGGGGGAGGGGAAAUGUUUUCCUUGUGGUUAAUGAACUUGGGUUGCCAAGGGUAUUUUGCAUGAUGCUGCUGCUAUUUUAAAUUUCUGGUUUGUUUUUCUUCUUACUGUAGAGUAUAGUCCAUUGAAAAGUUAACCGGGUGACAUUAUUGUCAUGUAAGAAUCUGAAUCUUGCCGUGUACAUGCACUUAAGUCAUCCUUAACAUGUUGUUAAACUACUCUGAAUAUACUGUGCAAUGUAAAUGCUGAAUGACUGGGUUAGGCAGAUGGUGAAAGAAGAAUUCAUGGAUUUUAUACAGACUCAUGCUUUUGCCUGAAAACCUAUGUACAGAUAUUUUAAGUACAUAAAUCAGAUUUAACACAUUUAUUUUUUGAAAAGUACAUAUAUGUUCUCAAUGAAGAUUUAUCCUAGGUUUCCUCUUUGUUCGUUUCAAUAGUAGCAUGUACAAUCUAGAAAUUGCUGCUCUUGCUGCUUCUGUCCCUCCAUUUUGGUAUGAUCAUAUGACCAAAAUUUCCAUACAGUUUCAUGAGGGGGUUUUACAUUAAUUUGAACAAAUAGGAAACCUUGAAUCUAUGUGUAUGCAUAUGAACACUUGAUUGUGAAUAAUAAAAUUUGUUUUUAUACAGCCUCCUUGGUGAAAAGCAUUAGUAUAAUAGAUCAGAAAUUUCAUUAUAGAUUAAUAUGGUAACAAAACUUUAUUUAUGCUUCUAAAAGUUAUUUUCAGGAAUAAACAGUAUUUGAAGAAAGGGUAAAAACAAUGAAUGUGUCUAAGGAGAGUAAUUUUACUGUAUGCUGAAAGUAUACAUAUAUUUUUUAUGGUAAAUGAAGUUUUUUUUCUUUUUAGUUAAACAUGCCAAUAUUGGUGUGUGCAUAUGCUGGAAAUUUUCAUAUAUAUCAUUUUACAACCAGACUUAUUACAAAUUCCAGCACACUUUACUAUGCUCCACAUAUCAAAGUUGUAGUCAACUCUUUAGCGUAGUUUAUUUAUUUGUUUAUAGCUUUGCAUAUAUUCUAAUUCCUUCCUGCAUUUUAUAAGUUAUGAUUUUGCUUUAAUUCAAAAGAGAGGAGGGGCAAUUGGAAUCACUCUGCCAACUAAUGUCCUAAGAAAUGACAUCAGUCACCACUUCUAAUGCAUUGCCAUUUUUUAGUGUGUUCAUAACUGCUGCUCACAUUUUAGAAAACAGAAAGUGGUGUAAAAGUAGGGGAACUACAUUUAAGUCAUGUUGCUUGUUAAUUAUUUCAAACGUAUUACCUUUUGCUAGACUGUUUUAAAUCCUGCACAUGUUGGGAAGGGAACUGCUAGUUUAUAUAUAUAUAAGUGAUGCACAUUAAAACCAUUGAAAUGCUUUUGGCAAACAACAACCUACCUUAAAUUAUGUUUAAAGUGUAUUGACUAUGUAUUCCAUGGCUAAUGUCAGUUACAGAGUGUAUUACCACCAAUGACAUUAUCAUUGUAUUAAUCACCAUUGAACUUGGCGUCUCUUGGCAAGGCCCUAUUUGAUUUGAGUUCCACACCAUCACAACUAUAUACAUGAUGAUAAAUUGGUACAAGCAAGCUCUCUGACUAAAACUUGUUUUCAUGACAGACACUAAUAUUCAUGUGUUUGCACACUUCUUUUUUAAAUGACAGUAACAUUCAUCCCAUCAAAAUUACAAUAUUAAAUUUAACAUUUUUUUCUGCAAAUUCUGUUGACAAAAGUAGUAUAGUCUGUUAUUUCCAGGAACAAAACUAUAUAAAAUAUCAUUUUUAAACACUUUUAAACUAUUUUUAUGUAGUUAACUGUUGCGAUACUUAUGUAGCUCAGUGUACUUUGUCAUGUAAACUAAGUCAAAACAAGUCUUGCAUUGGUGUUAAGUAGCAGGAAAGAAUUUUUGCACAAGUGGUUUCAUCUUUUCUUCAUUUGAACAACCAGCAUUACUGCCAAACACCAAUCGUGGUUCAUAUUUGUAACAGGUUUUUAACAUGACAUAGUUAGCAAGUUUGACUGAUGAGAUUUUUAGGUCCUGGGCCUACAAGAUUUUAGUAUGAUCUUUUUUCAUGUUUCUAACGCUUGAAGCAUUAUUGCUUACCUUGGAAAACACAGUGUUGCUGCCAUUUGUAAGUUUUCCUAUAUAUAAUAUUCCUUUUACUAACUGUAAAACUAGCCUUAUGGGGUUCAAAUAGGCAGUAUCCCUUUUAAGUGACCUUUGCAACCCAAGUGUUACUUGCUUAUUUGAUGCUCUCUUGUACUUUACAUCUCAUUUAAAUGCCUGUCUUGGAGUCACCAAAGCUUAAAUUCUACGUCUUAAUUUAAAACUACAGGCACAGAGUCUAACCUACUGAGACACAAUGGAUUGUGUGAUUGUUUUCCACUUGCCCCAAAUUCCAGAUAUUUUAUCAUUAGCUGGAACUUGCAUUGUUUUCCAUAACAGAAUGUUAAUAUUAUUGAUAUUCAGUGUACAUUUCUGUAAAGAGCAAAUCACUAAACAUAACUAUCAAGUAAUGAAAACUUCCAGAAUUUUGCAGAAAUAGAUAACUCUUACCAGUGGUUUAAUCUACCUUAUUUCUAGUUCAUAUAAACAAACCAUGGGAAUUCCACUGAGACUCUUGGGAUACUGUCUUGUGUAGAUGCCAUGUGAGUUUCCAAUGUGACCUGGCAAAGCUGUCCUUUCCUUGUGCUGUGUGACUGGUGUCAUGCUUUAAGGAUUCCUUCCAUGAAAGCUCAUUGUGCAUCAUGCAAAAGGCCAAGUGGCUUUUGUGAACAACAGAUUUUCCCUCCCCUUAUUAUGUUCUCUUGACACUUUUGUGGAAAUUAACUAGUCGGAUGAACACAUUUUGUAAAAAUUUGUAUAAUACUGUUAUAAAAAAUUUAUAAUCCCAGAAAAUGUUGUGUUAAAUCUUGUGCACAAACAGUAUAUUCAGAAUAAAAGUUUAUCAUUGAAAGUCACCAUACAGUUUGAGGGUUUGUCUUUUUUUUUUUAAAGAUCCAGUUGAAAGGGACAGGCACCUAUCAUACAUAUAUUUUUAAAAAACAGUCUGUCUGGGUGAAGAGAUUUCUAGAUUGCAGAAAUAAAGCUUUGUUUCAGAAGUGUGAUUUUAUAGUCACAAACCUCAACUUAUACAGGAAUACAUAGAUGAUUCUUUAUGGAACUGGCCUUCCUCACCUGUGCAGUCUCC